GUCCAAGCUGAGCCAGAUAGUGGUGGAUGUGUCUGCCGGGCCGUACAAGGACCGCACAGUGAUGUUCCUGGGUUCAGACGAUGGCCGAGUCCUGAAGCUUCUGACCAGCACACAUCCUAACGACAACUUCGGAUCCAAACUGCUGGAGGACAUACAUGUCUACAAUCCAUCCAAGUGUAAUGUUCAGGGUCAGGAGGACAGAAGGGUUCUGGCUCUGGAGCUGGAUAAGGAGCGCCAUGCGUUGUUCGUGGCGUUCAGCAGCUGUGUGAUCAGAGUGCCGCUCAGCCGCUGCAGCCAGCAUGGAGCCUGUAGAAG